UUCUCUGUGCUCUGCCCAGCUGCCAGCACCGGCAUUGGCUCGCCUAACAUACACACGUAGGCGCGUAUCCGACCGACCAACCCCCUUCUCCCCGGCAGCAGCAGAUUGGAGAGCCGGCGAACGGCGGGACAGCCAGGCAGCGACGACCAGCUGCUGCAGCUCCGACAGCACGGGAAGCACCGAGAUCUGCACCGAACCAGGAGGUGUGUCAGUGUGCUGAGUCCCCUUAUUGUGUGCAACAGCACCAUGGCAGCUACGGGACCUGAGGACAGAGCUGAAGAAGGGCCGGGGGGGGCUGCAGUCUGCCCCCCCGGCCUGCAGGCCUGCACCUCUACAACCACGCACAGCAACAACGAGCCAGACAUGCAGAACACUCUGGUGUGUACACCGAGGUGCCAGGCUGAAAAAGGUUUGAUGGAGAGCGGCCAUCAGAAGAACAGGACAUCAGUCCAGCUGCAGAGGGAGGCUGAGCGAGGCUGGAGCAACAUGGCUGCCCCCUCUCACUCUGUGGGACCCACAAUGCACCCGGGCAAUAGGUCAGCUGCUAGAGAGGCACCCUACUGUUUCCGCAGUCCGGAGUCAGUGGAGAUGGACGAGAUCAUGGCGGCCAUGGUUCUGACCAGCCUGUCCUGCAGCCCCGUGGUGCAGAGCCUUCCCCAGAGUGAUCCUAGACCAGCCGCCUCGACCUCAGCUGACAUGGAGUGUGGUGGUGGAGAGCUCUCCGACAGUGGCAGCAGUGGCUACUGGAGCUGGGACCACGGCAACGUAAGCCCUGCCCCCUCGCCGUCCGUCACUGAGAUUGACAGCAGCCCCGAUGAAGGCCUACAGAUGGAGCUGGAGCAGGGGGAAGAGCUUAAUGCCAAAAAGCCAAAGAGCUCUUUCAGAAGUGUGUACAGGUGUCUGUGGCCCAGCUGUGGCAAGGUGCUCACGUCUUCAGUCGGAAUAAAAAGACACAUCCGUGUGCUGCAUCUCGGCAGUGCGUCAGAUCAGUCCCAGAGAGAAGAAGACUUCUACUACACCAAGUUCUCCUGUGAGAGCGUGGACUCCCCCCCGACUCCGGCCCCGUCCCAGCAGGAUCUGGGCCAGGCCUCGUCCUCUCAUCUCAGCUGGGCCCCCUGCGAUACUCCUCCGGCCUCUGGGGUCCAGAUCCCUCCAGCUCACAGACCCCGGUCCAACUCCAGCUCCGGGCCGGGCCCCAGCAGGCCCAGUCCGCUCAGCCAGUCAGCCCCCAGCAGCUUCUGGCAGAUCCACUCGGAGCAUCUGUAUCAGGCCUGCAGCCCCGUCCAGGUAUCUGUGGCCUCAAGGACCCCCGGGUGCGAGGGUUGGAACCCCUCUGCCUCCGUCUCGGGCCAUAGUAACACUCCGGUGGUGAAGCCUCGCUGUCGCUCCGUCAGUGUGGGGGAACAGUGGCUCCAGCAGAACAGGCUGCAGCCUAUGACUGCUUCCCCCUCCCGCACUCACUGCUCCUUCAGGAAGGGUCGUGGUGAGGCCAAAAAGUGCCGUAAGGUGUAUGGAGUGGAGCGCAAGGAUCAGUGGUGCACCGCCUGUCGCUGGAAAAAAGCCUGCCAGCGCUUCCCCGACUAAAGACUGUUGUGUGAUGAAGAGCGAGAGCAUGAGAGACGAAGACGUGAAUGAAUGGAUGAAUGAUAAAAAGAGACUUUUAUCAAAAAGAGGAUAUAAUCCAGGGCCUGAGAGCCUAUAAGAAAAAACACAUCUGUUUUUAUUUUCAGGCUACAUCCACACAAAUACAUGUUUCGUGUUAAAACACAUAAUAUUGAUACAUUAACGCCUCAUGUCCACAUAACAAAAUUGGUGAUUUUGAACCAAUAAAGCAGAGACUUUUGAAACAUUGCUGACCCCAUUUAUGUCUGAAGAUUCUGGGAUUGCAUUUCAGUCCGGACAGGCAGGAACAGAAUCUUUUGAAAUGAUGAAGCCUACGUUAGCUUACUGUUAUUUUACAGGCAGAAAUAGAGUCUUUUAAAAGGCUACAGCUAGCCUACGCUAGCUUACUUUUCUUGUACAGGUGGAAACAGUCUUUUCAAAGCUAACUUUAACUUGUUUUAAAGGCAAAAAAACAUUUAUUUUGAAAAUGCUAAAGCCUACGUUAGCUUACUGUUCUUGAAAAGGCAGAAACAGAGUCUUUUAAAAAUGCUAAAGCCUAUGUUCGCUUACGGUUGCUUGACGGGAGGAGAAAUAGUUUUUUGAAAGGGCUAAAGCCUACGCUAGUUUACUGUUCUUGUAUAAGUGGAAACAGUCUUUUUAAAUCUUAUGUCAGCGUACUGUUGUUUAACAGGCAACUGAUUCUUUUUUAAAUGAUGACGCCUACGUUAGCUUACUUUUUGCAUGUCUUUGUAGAUCAUGUCCUUUCCCACUUCAACAGGUCCCCAUUACUUAAUAUUUUACCGAAAAGCAACAACAUUAAUGUAUGUGCUUUGCACUGACUCCCAAUCUAUGGAUUAUUUUCACGGCCUUUACCGCAUUAAUAUUUUGAGUUUCUGUCAGUAACAGUUCAACCUCGUCUCUGGUGAUACUUUCCGCCAUUGCUGUUGUUCCUCCGUAGUACUUUCUGGAACUAAACAACUAACCUCACAUUAGACUAUCAGCUUUCUGUUUACACCGGCACACGCAGACCCAGUGUAAAUAAAUGGUCAUGUGAUAUGUGUUAUCAGGCGUGUUAAUAUUGGCGGAGGUUCUUUCUGAAACGGUGCUAAAACGCUUGUGUUUACGGAGAUCGUAUCCGUGUGGAUGUAGCCUCAACCUUUUAAUUUUCUUUCUGAAGAAAUGCAAAUGAACUUUUCUGUAUCUUUGUAACUUGAUCCUGAAAACUGAAGUCUGCGAUGGUGCUAACUGUUGACUGACUUUAACCAUGUGACGUGCUAAGCCUACAAUACUCUUCUACUUUAUCCAAAGGUUAUAUAACUGCCCCUGUAGCUCCACUGUAUUAGAUUGCUACUUGGCUGUUUUUCUUUAUUCCAACCUUCUCUUCCAGUGGUUACACAGUGGUUAUGAUGUACAUUAUAUUGUGUGCUUUGAGUUACGUACGAGUAUUUUAUACCUUUUUUUUAAUUGUCUUGUUCCGCCUGUGUAUUGGGCAGAUUAUUUUUUGGGAACUUUCAUGUUUUUUGGCACUUUGUUGGAAUAUAAACUCACAAGAAUAAGCUAAAAUUGGUUCGACUCAACCAAGUUCAUAUUUCCUUCCUGCCCAUGUGUUGGCAUACGACCAGUGUUAAAGGUUUUAUCCCUGAAGCUAUCGAGUCAUGACAGUGGGACGACUAGCGUUAGGGAAACGAGUUUGUAAUAGCAAUAAUUACGAGAAAAAAUAUAUUGUCAAACACAAAUUAAAAAGCACUGAUAACUUGAAA